AUGACGGAUAAAUGCUUGCAGGUGGUGGCUCGCAUCAUCGGCCCUUUCAUCGGUCCCAUGGGCAUCCCUUUCCCCGACUCUGUUUCGGCAGGUCUGCACGCUGCCUUGUGGAUAGUGCUCAGCCUCUACGCUUUCGCAUCCGCUGGAACAUCCGUGGCGGCUAAGCGGUCCCUCCAUGUGACAGCCACGGCAUUCUUCAUCCUCCUUGGCCUCGUGCAGAUGGGAGUCUUCAUCGUUGCGUUCGGUGUGUGGAAGUAUCCGGCAUGGUGGGCCUUGACCAUGGGGCCGAGCCUGAUCCUGAUGAUAGCUCAAGCUCCACAUAACCUCAGCCGCACAUGGCCGCAUCUCCUCUUCUUCCUGGUGCCGGUCAUGAUGUUCGUUGAGAACGUGCAGCAGACGUUGGUAGCGGUCGCCAACGCUGAUGGAUCGGCUGCGAGGUGGGGCACACGCACCAGCGAAGAAGAAGAAGACUUCAAAGGCUGGCAACGAGCGAUCAGCACAGAAGCCUCGCGCCGGGAAAUGGCAAUUCAGAUUCGCAUAUGGAGCCGUCGCAGUCUUCUUGCUGUUUAUUUGGCUGCCAACUUCUCCAUUGGUCAGGUGCUGCUUCAACGAAAGCUUCAUUUCGAGGCAUCUUGGGUUCUCGCGCAUUU